AUGUGGGGUUUAUUUAAUAUAAAUCAUUUAAAGACCUUACUUAUGCUUGCAUAUAUAAUUUCACUAAUUUUUUUAUUAAUCUCAUUUGAAACUAAACAUGUAAUUGCAGUUAGUAUUGAGUUAAAUGACAAAGCAAAUUCUAAUACAAACAUUUUUAAUUUAGAAAACAAAAAUUCAAAUAUAGACAAUAUAGAAGAAUCCAUUCCGUUUACAGAGUCUCAUUUUGUUCCAGUUAAGAAAAUUGAUCUAGAAGAAACCACCAAAAAUAGUGGAAAUAAUAGUAUUAAUUCAUCUAGGAAAAUAAUAGAAAUUGUUACAAUCAAAACAGAUGAAUCUUUUGAAAACUUACUAAAUAAUAAUUAUUAUUUAUUAAUAUUAUUUACAGCACCAUGGUGUGGAAUGAGCAAAAGAGCUAUAAGUCAAAUACACGAAAUGGUAGACUAUUUUGAAAAUUCUAGAGAUUUUCUUGCUGAACAUCUAAAUAAGUUGUUUUAUUCAAAAAAGUUAUUAAUUGGUUUGGUAAAUGUGCCAGAAUUUCCAAAUAUAACAAAGAAACUUAAUGUUUUAGAUUAUCCAACAAUUAAAUUAGUAAAAAAAGAGGAUAAUCUUAAAUUAAAAGUUAUCGAUUUUUACGGAAACAUAUAUUAUAAGAAGGUAAUUUCUUGGAUAGUACAACAGAUAACUAGAUUGGAAAAUAAUCCAAAAUCACAACUGAUUCAACUUUCAACCAUAGAUAAUAUAAAAUUCUUUUUGGAAAUUAGUGGAUAUUCAGUAAUAUAUUUGCAUGAAUUUGAAUCUUUUAAUAAAUAUAAUAAUACAGAAUAUCUGCUAGUUAUUGAUAUUUGUAAAAUAUAUGAUGAUGUUAUUUUUGGGGAAGCCAAUUAUAAUGAUCUUAAAAAUAGUUUAUCAAUUAAUAAAGACUAUUUAAAUAAAAAUGAAUUUCACUUUAAUAUUACAGAAAUUAUAGAUAAUUAUGAAAAUAAAUCUAAAAUACUCCUUUUUAAUUCCGGUAGACAUGUUAAAACAAUUAAUGGUCCUUUUAAAGAAGAAGCAUUAAUUUUAAAUACUAUUGAUUAUUACAAACAAGAAAAUAUUAUAUUUCUAAAUAAAGAUACUAUUGGUAAUUUAAUAGACAAUGGUGGUCCAAUAUUAUUACUCAUUUUUAAUGGUAAUAGUGAGAAUUAUAUUGAAGAACUUAAUAAAGAGUCUUCUAUUAUUUACCAAUUUCAUAAUAUUCUACAGAGAGUUAUUUCCAUUAGAAACGAAAAGGCUGAUAAAUCUAACAGAAAUCUUGAAGAAAGACCAUUAUUUGUGAUGUCCGGAAAUGAAGGUCCAAUUAAUCGUAGAUUUAUGGACUUUCUACAUAUUGAUGAUGAUUUACUUCCAUCAAUUAUUAUGAUAAAUGACCUUAAUGUAUCACCUCCAAAGAAGUUUCAUUUAGAUUUGCCAAAGAUUUACCUAAGUAACUUAGAUAGUAAUACAGGUAUUGGUACUAAUACUGGUAGUAAUAACAACAAUGCAGAAAUACUGUCAAUAGGGAAACCUAAUGAGUCUAACUGGAUUAUUUUAAAUAACCAUACUUCGAUUAAUUUUUCUCCAAACAUUAUUAGUGACUUUAUAGAUGAAGUAAAAUCAGGAAUUGUAAAUAAUACUUAUCAUUCACAAGUAACACCUUCAAAACAAAAUGGUCCAGUAUAUAUUUUAGUUGGAAACACAUUUAAAGAAAUAGUAUAUGAUUACAGUAAGGAUGUGCUCGUGCUAUUUUAUACUUCAUGGUGUGGACAUUGUAAGACUUUUGAUCCAAUAUAUAAUGAAGUAGCCAGUAUUGUAACCUCAAAGACUAAUGUUCUUGUUGCAAAAAUUGACAUGUCAGCAAAUUUCAUUCCAGACGAUCAAAUUGGCGGGAAAAUUUUUAGAUUUCCAACAAUUAAAUUGUUUAAAAAAAAAGAUAAAACUAAUCCAAUUGAUUUCGAUGGAGAGAGAGAGGUUAAUUCCAUUUUGGAUUUCAUUUGGAUACACACUGCUCGUGAUGAGCUUUAA